CUAGGGGAUAAUCCGUUGGCUGAUCCUUGUGUGAAGCCAGCUAAGCUAACGGAUUAGGGUUUCGUUGAUUCAAGAGGGUAGAACGAAUGGUAUAAAACAGCUGGUUGAUCAACUGUAUCAAGGAGAGGGGCUGGCAGACGGAGCGGACGACAUGUCCAACGACAGUAUUCAUUGGGAAGCGAGAUAUUUACCAGCAGGACCACCACGUUUGCUGGGAUGGAACGUUCCCCCUGAAGAAUUAGUUCAUAUACCGGAACACUGGCUGGUCUUUCCUGAGCCGAACCCCUCCCUUCAUUAUUUAUUGGCCCUCUUAUAUAUUCUUUUUACUUUCCUUGCUUUACUUGGCAAUGGCUUGGUGAUAUGGAUCUUUUGCGCUGCCAAAUCACUGAGGACACCUUCAAACAUGUUCGUUGUGAAUCUUGCGAUUUGUGACUUCUUCAUGAUGAUCAAAACUCCAAUCUUUAUAUACAAUUCCUUUAACACUGGUUUCGCUUUGGGAAACUUAGGAUGUCAAAUAUUCGCGGUAAUUGGUUCCUUGACUGGAAUUGGUGCUGCAAUAACAAAUGCAGCAAUAGCAUAUGAUAGAUAUAGUACAAUAGCAAGGCCGCUUGAUGGAAAGUUAUCCCGCGGGCAAGUGAUGCUUUUCAUUGUAUUAAUCUGGACGUAUACCAUACCUUGGGCACUGAUGCCCGUCAUGGGUGUUUGGGGACGUUUCGUACCCGAAGGCUUUCUCACCAGCUGCAGCUUCGAUUACUUGACCGACACGAAUGAAAUACGAAUUUUCGUUGCUACUAUAUUCACUUUCUCCUAUUGCGUUCCAAUGAUGCUUAUAAUCUAUUACUACAGUCAAAUCGUCAGUCAUGUAGUAAAUCAUGAGAAAGCGCUACGUGAACAAGCUAAGAAGAUGAAUGUCGACAGUUUACGGAGUAAUGCGAACACGAGUAGCCAGAGCGCUGAGAUUCGCAUAGCUAAGGCUGCCAUUACAAUUUGCUUCUUAUUCAUUCUCUCGUGGACUCCAUAUGGUGUAAUGGCAAUGAUCGGAGCAUUUGGUAAUAAAGCUCUUCUGACACCCGGUGUUACAAUGAUACCAGCAUGCACAUGUAAAGCUGUUGCUUGUUUGGAUCCAUAUGUAUAUGCCAUAAGUCAUCCGAAAUAUAGAUUGGAACUACAAAAACGAUUACCAUGGUUAGAGUUACAAGAGAAGCCCAUAUCUGAUUCGCAAAGCACCACAACUGAAACAGUAAAUGCACCACCGGCAUCAAGCUAGACUUGAAUUUAAAACUCUUGUUUCUAAAAAACAAAAGAUACUUGGUUUUAAUUGACAUUUUCUUUCCACUUUGUUAAAAACAAGUGAUCCUUGUAUUAUAGCAAAUGCAACUGCAAUAAAGCAAUUUCCUCGCAAUAUAUAAUUUCUUCGCAUGUUUCUUCGAGUAACUUAUUAGAGCUGUCCAAAUUCGGCUCUAAUCUACCGAGUGGUUCUCUCACUUUGUGCCCGUUUCCUUUAUGCAAAUUGAGGUCUGUGCUAAGAACGUUGGUAAGUAGAAUUUUUCAAGAAAUAGUCUGGUAAUGAGAAUAAUUAGUUUUUAUAUAUCGCAUCGGUUUUAGCCAGAAAUUACGUUUCUUCAUAUACAUCAUUUGUUACAUAUUAAAUGUAUAAUUUAUAUUUUCAAAUAUGAUAAGAAAAAGAAUGAUUAGAAAUAAAAAUAAUAGAUAAAAGGAUUGAUAUAGAUUGGUAUACAUAUAACUGGUUAUAAAACAACUUAUGUAAGCAAGAAAAACUGACAAGUUACAACUUUAUUUAUUUUUACAUAUUACCUACUCCUUUUACAAUUACAAAUGUAGGCCUUAAUGAUGUAGAAAUAAAAUGAAACGUGUGUAACAGA